CCUGCGCAGUUCCCGCUGAUCGGAGAGACGGAGACGGGGCUCAAUCCUCCGCAGCGCGCAGCUUUCACCGGCGGCAAACCGGAAAAAACACCGAGCACGAGCCAAAUCCUCUCACGAGCAUUUCACCGAACCUCCGGGGGAGCGCGGUCAGCGGGAGCCCGCCGGUGUGUCUGCCUGCACCUGGCGGCAGACAGCGGAGGCUCAGUCACUGUUAACGGAACCGCAGGCGGCUGCAGUCCGCUGAAAACGAGCUAUUCUCCCCCGACCUCCGAGCUACCAUCCGGGCUCCAACCAGCGCGAGGCUCCGGGACGCAAACACCAGAUGUUGGCCUGCUGCUGAUGCUCCGACCUUCCAGAUGUCUGAGCUGCACCUUCCAGCCUGAACCCAGGGAUUAACGGACACGAGAUCACAUCUGGAGACAAAGGAUCAUCUGGAGGACAAAAGAGGAAUAACAGAUCAUCCUCUGGAGAGCCAACCAGGAAACGGCAUCCGGAGGAUUAAUGUAAACAAAGAGACCAACAUCUGGAGGACAGACUCUCAGUGACAGUUUGGAUGUGACCAGGAGACGCUGUGAGGAUGCGGACCCGUCUCCCCCUCCCGCCGGUCCUGGUCCAGGUCCUGGUCCUGGUCCUGGUCCCGGUGCAGGCUCGCUCUGUGUCAGCAGGGCGCUCUGACACAAACAUGGUGGUGGAGGAGUCGGUGAGCGCUACAGUGAAUGCGACGGUGCUGGACGGGCGAGGAAACGCCAUCCAUGUGAUUAGCAGCGAUGACGGGAAGUAUGGACAGAACUCCCCCAAGGUCGACACCAGGGGUGUGAUCGUCGCACCUGCACCGCAUCACGGAGUGGUCGACCGGCAGGGAUGCGACCCAAACACUCACUUCCUGGUCCCGCCCCGCAGCGUCCACUGGGUGGCGCUGAUGCAGAGAGGUAACUGCACCUUUAAGGAGAAGAUCUUGAAGGCAGCUGCGUACAACGCCACGGCCGUCCUCAUCUACAACAACUCCCCAGAAUACACCGUCAAGAUGGGACACGAAGGCACGGGUGACAUCGUGGCGGUGAUGAUCACAGAGGCGUACGGUAAAGAGAUCCUGGCCCACCUUGAGCGGAACAUGACGGUUCUGGUCUCCAUGGUCGUCGGUCAGCGCGGGCCCACCAAGAACAUCAACCGAGGCUCGCUGGUCUUCGUCUCCAUCUCCUUCAUCAUCCUCAUGAUCAUCUCGUCAGCUUGGCUCAUCUUUCACUUCAUCCAGAAGAUCCGCUACACGAGCACUCGCGACCGCAGCCAGCAUCGUCUUGGAGAUGCAGCGAAGAAAGCCAUCGGAAAGCUGAAGACGAGGACGGUGAAAAAAGGAGACAAGGACACAGAGUCAAACCACUGUGCGGUGUGCAUUGAAGUGUACCAGCUAAACGAUGUGGUUCGAAUCCUGCCCUGCAAACACGUCUUUCAUAAAGCAUGUGUGGACCCCUGGCUGAAGGAGCACUGCACCUGUCCCAUGUGCAAACUGAACAUCCUGAAAGCUCUUGGCAUCACAACCAGUGUUCCCUGUGUGGACAGCGUUGUGUUGGAUGUGGAUCGUCUCGGUGCCAGUCAGGCACCUGGCAACCAGAGGUCACUCCUUAGUGACAGCAACCAGCCAUCCAUCAGCCUGGAGCCACUUAGCCCCACCCACUCUGAGGCCACGCCCAGAACACCUGCCGAUAUCACUAUCGCCGUGACCAGCGGCGGUCGCUUCUUCAGCAGGAACUCCAUGUCUCCUCGCAGCGUCGUCUGUGAGAUGGAGCUUCCGGAUAUACAGGCUUCGCUCGACCUCUACGAUGACAACAAGUCCUGAGGCUGGUUGUCAUGGUUACUGCCCUCCAGCAACAGCACCAGUCCAGCUGCUGAGAGAUGGAGGACCUUUUAUGGACACAGGAAAUUUUGAUAUAGUGUUUCCUGUUUCGGGGGGGGGUUGACUCUGAUCUUUAACCAUCGUUUAUUCUACCAGAUUUUCUACAAACUGAACACAUCCGGGUCUGAAUCUGGGUCUCAAUCCUGGUCUGGAUCCCACUCUUGAAUUAGAGAUUGUUGUGUUUGUUUGUUUUCUCCUAGUAGAGGGAAACUAGAAGACGUGGAAGCAAACACAUCAGCCUGAACUGAACCAGAGCACCUGAACCCAGACUUCCUGUCCACGUCUCUGUGUUCAGGCAUAGCCCCGGCUGACUGAUGGUGACAUCAUUAACAGGCUCCUGAACCCUGUAAAGACCUGGACCACAAUUUUUUCUUGUUUGUAAAUGCUGAAUGAGAUCUAUAGUCCUCUGUGUCCCUGGACAGAACAAGAGCCAGACAAAAUUCUGGACCCGGAUCUGGACCUGAACACUAGACCUGGACCCUAAACAAUCACAUGGACUUUAAUAGUGUUAACUAUUAACUCCCUGUAGCAAAAAAUAAUUAAAGAAAAGAAAUUUAAUAAUAAUCCAGUUUGUCUGUAGAUCAAGAGAUGUUAUAUUAAAGGACCGAUCCACCACUUCAGGAAACCUCCCAGUGGGUGUGGCGUUUCUCAGGAAGCCGUUCUGGGUCUUCUGACCUCAGAUUUAAAGAACAACGCAGCAUUUUCAGAAACCUCACGUUCCCGUCUCAGAGAUGGGUAAAGACGAGGAAUUUAAUUAAAUCCAACCUAUGAUGUUAGCAUAGCUUAGCACAGAGGCUGAAGCCGAGGGGAAACUGCUAGCCUGCUGACCGCGACAGACUAAAACUAACGUGGGCACCGAACACCUCUGAGAUGUUAGAUUAGGAGGUUUUCAUUAUUUUCAACUAUAAUGUGAUGCACAUACUGUUUAGUCACUAUUAAUACGGGUACAUCAGUCAUCCUGAUAAACAUUAACCAGGCUGCUGAGCUGCUAACUAAUACUAACAGAUGCUGAUCGUUGCUAACAUGUCUGUGCAGUAAAGACUGGGGGGUCCUGAAGUGAGGGACUGCGCCAUUAAUGUGUGUUAAACAGCUUCUGAACUACUCAUUCUGUUAUUCUAACAAUAAUAAUAAUCAGUAUAUAAACAGCAUAAUACAAUCUGUAACCUGACUGAUCGAUCAGUAUUAUCUCUGAAGUGACCUGAAGUCCUGCAGGACGCUCAGCUGCUACCUAUCUCUCUGUCUUUGUGUCUUUGUUUCAUGGUGGUGGUGAUGAAGAAGGACGUGGCGCUUUUCGUUCACUGUGUCUGUACUGCCUCAGCAUUAAAUGUCAUUUAAGUGUCUUCAA